UUAUGUAUUCUGUAUCUUUCAGCCAAAUCUGCGAAGGAACUGCUUAUCUCCUCAUAUCAAGAAAGCCUUCAAAUUGUACAUGAAGCCUUACUUCACUCUAGAGAACGACGAAGCACAUCCUCGCCUUCCACAAAUGUGUUUACAUUCCUUCGGCAAACAGAGCCGGAGACCCUGGAGAUUUCCCAAGCUGCAGAGGUUUUUCAAACAACUUUGCAAGUCCUAAAGAACAGAGCAAGACACAGACACAAAAGGGAUGUCACGGCACCAGCAUUGCUUUCUUGGGAGGAUGUGGAGCUAAUUGCAGAGCUGUCUCAAUGUCCUCCUGCAACACAUCCAACCAUCUGUCAGCACAGUCAUCUCAACAAGUACCGCUCUAUAUCUGGCCUCUGCAAUAACAGGCAAAAUCCUCUCUGGGGAGCAGCCAACACUCCCUUGGUCAGAUGGCUUCCAGCUGAAUAUGAAGACGGAGAGAGAGAACCCAAGGGUUGGAACCGAGGACGGCUCCAUAAUGGAUUCCAACUUCCCCCGCCACGGGAAGUCACCAAGAAAAUACUGAAGAGUUCUUUUAAAUGGAAAGAUGAUGUGUAUUCACACCUGCUGGUGGAGUGGGGCCAGUACAUUGACCAUGACAUAACAUUUACACCUCAAAGCACUGGCAGUGGUGUGGACUGUUUGAACACAUGUGAAAAUGUGCAUCCAUGCUUUCCCAUUGAGACAGGUGAUAUCUCUGGUGCACAAGGCUGCAUGCCUUUUCAUCGCUCCAUACCAGCCUGCUUCGUCAAUUUUGGGUCUGAUAUUGGACAAGCUCUGCAGCGACAACAGAUGAAUGCAAUCACAUCAUUCAUGGAUGCUCAGGUUGUGUAUGGCCACACUCCAAAGCUGGAGAGCUUCCUUCGUGACCUCUCGGGCUUUAAUGGAAAACUUGCUGUCAAUGACCAAUUUAAGGAUCCCAAAGGAAGACCCUACCUUCCAUUCAUAGCCACUCUGCCUUCAGCCUGCCAACAGGAUCUGCAGGGGGAGAGAGUGGAGUGUUUCAGUGCUGGAGACAGUCGGGUCAAUGAGGGUCUGCCCCUGAUCUCUUUGCAUACACUGUGGCUUAGGGAACACAAUCGAAUUGCAGAUGCAUUGAGACACAUUAAUGACCACUGGAGCCCGGAGACUAUAUACCAAGAAACUCGAAAGAUUAUUGGAGCUCUGCACCAGAUCAUAACCAUGAGAGAUUAUGUUCCAAAAAUUAUUGGCCCGGACUCUUUUGAAUAUUAUAUUGGACCCUAUGGGGGAUAUGAUCCAACUACGGACCCCACAGCCUCCAAUGUUUUUGCCACUGCUGCAUUCAGGUUCGGCCACGCUACUGUCUCUCCAAUCCUCAGGAGACUGAAUGAGAGCUUCCAGGAACAUGAGCACUUCCCCCACUUGAGACUGCACAACACUUUCUUCAGUCCAUGGAGAAUAGUCAAAGAAGGUGGAAUUGAACCAAUCCUGAGAGGUGUAAUUGGAACUAAAGCACAAGCUGUUAGGGCAAACAUGUUGUUGACAGAAGAGCUAACAGAGAGGCUGGACGUCCUUAACGUGCCACAGCACAUGGACCUGGCUUCGCUGAACCUGCAGAGAGGAAGAGAUCAUGCUCUCCCAGGAUAUAAUGAUUGGAGAGCAUUCUGUGGACUGAAGCGCAUUAAGACACUGGAUGAUUUCAAGGAGGUUGUGAGAGACUGGAGGGCUGCUGAGAAGAUAUUAAAAAUAUACAAACAUCCUGACAAUAUUGAUGUAUGGCUUGGAGGGCUUGUUGAAAACUUGCUGCCGGACUCAAGAAUCGGUCCCCUCUUUGCUUGCCUGAUAGGAAAGCAGAUGAAAGCGCUUCGUGAUGGUGAUAGGUUUUGGUGGGCAGCUGAAGGUAUGUUCACCCAGCAACAGAAGGCUGAGCUUUCAAAAGGUUCUCUGUCUCGUAUCAUCUGUGACAACAGCGACAUAAGGGAAGUCCUUCCUGAUUCUUUCAGGUUUGGGAAAUACCCAUCUGAUUACAUCUCUUGUGAGCAUAUACCAUCAAUGAAUUUGGAAGCCUGGAGAGAGGAGAAGAGCCGAGACUUAGAACAGUGUGGUGCUCCAGGAGAAAUAAAGAAUGGGGAUUUUAUUUUGUCCUCUACAUCUGGCAGAUUGGUCGCUCUGUACUCCUGUUACCAUGGUUUCAAGUUAAAGGGUGCCACAGCAAUAGUUUGUGAGGGAAAUCGAUGGAGUGAUCAACCCCCACAAUGUACAGGUACAUGA